AUGGCGGGUACUACCGCCGCAGCAGACACGGCCAUAAGCUACUGCUUCGAUAACCUGCUGAACUUUCGCGAUGUUGGGGCCCACGUCAACACAAUCACGGGACGCACGGUGCUGCGGACUGGGCUUCUGUUCAGAAGUGCUCGACCGGACGAAGCCAGCCGAUCUGACCGUGAUCAGCUGGUAAAUAAGUACCACGUCCAGACCAUCAUUGAUCUUCGCUCCAAAACGGAGCACAUAAAUGCGGCGAAGAAGCGGUCAGAGGUCGAUUCCGGUGUGGAUUCGGCGGCAUUGCCCACCACCAACAAAGCUUUUGAGGACGAAGUGAGACGACCAGUUGAGAUCCCAGGCAUUCGAUACGCAUACAUCAACCUCAACGGCAAGGGCUUUGAGCGACAUCUCAUUUGGCAACUGAAAUACACCAGUCUAGCCAAGCUCGUUUUCUUAAUGGCUCUUGGGUACCGAACUGAAGGUAUCUCGGUCCUCGGGAAGGAGUUGAUGCUUCCACGUGGCCUGAUCGGUCUCGGCAUAGACACUCUCGAUUGCAGUGGUCCCGAAAUAAAAGAGGUCUUUGACAUCCUGGCCGACUCGAGUGCUUGGCCAGUCAUGAUCAACUGCACCCAAGGUAAAGACAGAACUGGAAUAACAGUUCUUUUGGUGCUUGUGCUCUGCGGCGUCGACCUGGGCGCCAUUGCCCAGGACUACGUCAAGUCUGAAGAAGAGCUUGAGCCAGAGAAGGCUGAAAGAAUGAAGGAGAUCGAAAGCAUCGGUUUGGACGAGUCGUUUGCAGCAUGCCCACCAGAUUUCUGUGAGAAAGUGGUCCAGCAUCUCAAGUCUAUGUACGGCGGUAUCGACACUUACCUUGCCAAAAUCGGGGUUGACACCACCCAAUGCGAACGGGUCCGCCAGAUCCUCAAGGCCAACGGUUGA